AUCUCUCACUGUAACCACUUCUGUUUACCAUUUCCUUUAUUAUUAUUAUUAUUAUCUUACGACAAUCUCUAUACCUUAUGCCGAACCACCUUCCUUGUAAAUCCAACCAUUUCAUUUUCUUUUCUUCUUCUUGUUCUAUCUUUUUUGCUCAUCUUUUCUUGUCCUUUCUCUCAUUUUUUCCCUAUAUAUCUUCCACUCUUUCUUUUUUUUCUUCCUAUAAUCAAAGAUCAUGGAAGACUCUCCUGCUGCUUAUAUCCACCUGGUGCACCGUUUGAUAGAAGAGUGUAUCUUAUUCAACAUGAGCCAAGAAGAAUGCAUGGAAGCUCUUUCCAAACAUGCAAAUAUCAAACCAGUUAUCACCUCCACUGUUUGGAAAGAGCUAGAGAAAGAGAAUAAGGAGUUUUUUGAGGCAUAUUUGAAGAACAGAGUAGAGAGAGGUUCGGAGACAGAGACGAGGCAAAGGAUACAAAACAUGGUUUUGGAUUCUUCUAAAUAAUAAGUUUAGAUGAUUUGAUACGCAAAUUAAUAAGGUUAGUUUAGGUGUUUUCAAUUUAUUGAAGUUUGAAGAAGCGAAUUACAUGAUUAACAUCACGAUCAUGUAAUAGUAGUAAAAACCGUGACAGGGACAAAAUAAUAAUGGACCAAGGAACAACAUAGUCAUAUCAUUGUAUGGGCGGCAUAAAUGGCUUCGUUUGAUUUGUCUCUAGGUAUACAAAGUUGAAGUCAGCACUCUACAGUGAUGGCUAUGUGUGACAUGGCAUGCAUGUUUUAUAGUACUUUAUAAAAUUUUGAAACGUGUGUGUUAGACUGUGUGUACAUGUAAAUAAAAUUUAUUGUUAAAAUUUC